GCGUACCGCCAGGGACAGCCGGGGACGUUUGGACACGGUGCGCGCAAUGGCCUCCGGCACGCGGGAGGUCAAAGCGUCCAAGGCAAGACACGGCAGCGGAGGUCCGACAAGAGAGCGCUGGACAGCGCCCGCCGUGGCCAUCCUCAAGGACUCUGUGUCCUGGCAAAACUACCGGAUCCCCAAGCUGCCCAAGCCCGCUCCUCGGCAGAGUGAAGAGCAUGAAGCAGGAUCCAGUGCGGUUCCUAGGCGCGACUGUGACUCCCCCGGUAGGCACAGCUCUGGGGUGGACGACAUGGACCCGCUGGGAGCCAGUGAGCUCCUGGGCCAAGUGCUGGACAACAUGAAAAAGGCCUACUCAAUGCUCAACUGCAAGGGCAGCUUCGGCUUCAGACUUCAGCUCAGCCCUGAGAAUAUCUCCACCUCAAAAUCGAAGGAGGUUUCUGCGAGGCCCAACGGCAAGCAGCAGGCAGAGUCUCCGGGGAACCUGCCACAACUGUGUGUGAAUUGUAAGCGGAAGCACGUGUCUGAAAGUUCAGCGGGGGACACCUGCAUCCGGUGCUCGCUCUCCCAGGUCAUUUCGGCGGAACAAGCGGCAAUGAAAGGCGGAGCUCUCAUGGCCACGAAGAGAUCACCACCCAAGGCUUUGGAGACUCCGAAGCACUCCUUGCGUCGAAGAACCAGCGGGGACGUCAGUGCAGUUAAGCUACUUCACAAGCCGCGCUCUGUCUCAUUGGAGAAAGGGCAUGGCUCAAUGGCAACCAACGGAAGGAGCCCAUGCAAGACCCCCUGCAAAAAACGCAAGAAGGGGCCCUGGAUCUUGUCAAGCAGCGAGUCUAGUGAUGAAGGUUCACCUCCUAAGAUGGACAGCUUGCCACAUCGAAAGACGAAGCGGAGAAUAACGUCAGAUCAAGUCCACACGAUGGAGCUGAGGCUCCAUCGUGUGGACUGUGCCUGCAAACAGGCGAAGGAAAUGGUAAAGAGGGCACGCUUUACUCGCAAGGCACAGAUACUGGACUUCCAAACAACUGCAUUCUUGGAGCAUUUUGUGGAAGAAGGUGUUGCUUCUUUGGACCUUGAGACUCGUGGCAAGAUUACCGCCCUAAGGAUGAAGCGUCUUUUUAGCGAUGGUGAUUCGGCUUCUCAUUCGAGCAAGCAAGAAUGUGAAAAAGGAGACAAAAAUGCCAUAAAAGCAGACCGUGAGCCAAAGAUAGGAAAGAAGAAUUGUGGUCUCAAGGUGACUUCUAACAUCCACAAGGAACUUGUCCUUGCCACAGUUCCAUGCAGCAAGGCCUCCCUACUGCCGCAAGGGGCUUCUAACUGCCGCAGGGGAGAAGUGGACACCGUGGAAGUACACCGCAAGCUAAACAUUAGCAAGAAAGACUAUGGUUCCAAAGCGGCUUCCAAAAUCAGCAAAGAGCUUUCCCUUAGUACUGUUCCUUGCAGCAAAGCCUUCCAAAUUCCACAAGGGGCUUCCAUUUGCAAUAAAGUACAAAGGGACGCCAUGGAAGCAGAUCGUAGGUCAAAGAUUAACAAGAAUGACCACGGUUCUGAUGCUGCUUCCAUCAUCCCCAAGAAGCCUGUCCUUCCCACAUUUCCUUGCAGCAAGACCUUCCAAAUACCUCAAGGUGUUUCCUCCUGUUGCAAGGGUGAAGGGGACACCGUGGAAGAAGACCAUGGGUCCAAGAUUGACAAAAAGGACAAUAGUCGCAAAGUGGCUUCGAAAGUCUGCAAGGAGCGUAUUCUUGCAGUAGAACGGCUGCAAGGGGCUUCCACCUACCGCAAGGGACGAAGGGACUCCACGGAAGCAAGUUGCGGGCCAAAGGUCGGCAAGAAAGACAACAGUUUUAAAGCAACUUCCGACAUCUGCGAGAAGCCUGUCCUUGCUACAGUUUCUUGCAGCAAAGCCUUCCAGCUGCCACAAGGGGCUACUAACUGCUGCAAGGGAGAAGGGGAUGCCAUUGAAGAGGACUGUGGGUCAAAGGUUGGCAAGAAAUUCGAUCGUCCAGAAAUGGCCUCUAACAUCUGCAAGGAGCAUGUCGUUGUAGCGCUUCCUCUCUGCAAGGUCUUCCAACUGCCACAUAAGGCUUCCAACUACCGCAAGGGAGAAGGGUUCACCAUGGAAGCAGAUUGCAGGCCGAAGAUUAGCAAGAAAAAUGAUGAUCCUGAUGAAACAUCCAACAUUCGCAAGGAGCUUGUUGCUGCUGUUCCUAGCAGCAAGGCCUUGCAUCUGCCACAAGAGGCUUCCAUCAACCUAGAAGGGGAUGCCAUUGAGGCAGACUGCAGGCCAAAGGUCAGCAAGAAAGACCACAGUCCCCAAGUGACCUCUAACAUCUGCAAGGAAUCUAUCCCUACGGCAGUUCCUUGCGGCAAGACUGUCCAACUGCAGCAAGAGGCUUCUAACUGCUGUAAAGGAGAACAGAAUGCCAUAGAAGCAAACUGUGGAUUAAAGAUCAUCAAGAAAGACUAUGAUCAUGAAGACUAUUCUAAAGACUGCAAGGAACUUGUUCUUACGACUGUUUCUUACAACGAAACCUUUCAGCUGCCGCAGGGGGCUUUUAACUGUCACAAGGAAGAAGGGGAUGUCAUGGAAGCAGUCUGUGAGCCAAAGAUUUUUGAGAAAAACGACAGUUCCAAAGUGAUUGCCAACUGCUUCAAGGAGCUUGUUGAGGAAGAAUGUAAGCCAGAACUUGGAGUAGCUUCUAUUUUGCUUGGAGAUGUUGCAGCUACUACGAGAGAGGGCAGGGAAAACGUAACCCAAGUCCAAGGCUCAAACGUCCCUUCGAUCCUGGAGCAUUCGUGUCGUAGCUUGUCGGAGGCAGAUUGGCAGUCAAUGAAAGGCGACUGUAUUGAGGAGACUAUACAUGGGAUGGAUAGAGUGCAGGAAGCCGCGAAAACCGAGAAAGAUGCCGAGGUAUUGGCCACACCAGAUGUCGCAUUGUCACUGUUGGACAACCCUGGUGCACUGUGCAUUGCCUUAGAAGGCCUCUGCAAGGACAAAAACGUGCAGAUCAAGUCCGAAACACUGGAACCUCUGUACUUGGACGUCAACACUAUCCUCGACAGCUUCGAUGCCGAGGAGCAGAAGACCAAAAGUGACGGAAUGUCCUCGAGUGAAAGCAACGCACAUCAGUUGGGAGACCGUUGUUUAGAGCCAUCCAACAAUGAUGCCUGCCUGUUGAGAGUGGAAGCUUGUCUUGCACCACUGCCAGAGGUUGGUGGUGCACACGACGUGCGUGAGUCGCAAGCUGAGUCUCUGCAAGUUUUUACUAGCAUUUUCGGAAACAGCGGGGCUGUGUCGCCUCCCAAACCACGCGGAGCGAGCGUUCCUUUUGAGGAUGGCUUGCAGAUAAAAGGCGUUUCUAUAGGCAGCAAAUGCACAAACAAGGAGUCCCCUCCGCAAGCUCCAGAGCCUCCUAAGGGGUCCGGGUGUUGCCCACCUGGUUAUCCUGCAAAGCAGCUGUUUGGCCGGUACCUACACUUCCUGGAGAGCUUCUUUAUCACGCUGGACCACUGCACAGCGGAUGUCCGGCUGAGGCUGGUGGAGGCACUGAUUCCUCGUGGCCUCGUUACCCUCAAGGGGAUCUUGGAGGUGAUGAGGAAGAUUUGCAGGGUGCUUUGUUGCGAUGAGAUUGGGAGGGUCAACUGCAUGGAGCUAAGGGUCUUUGCACUCCUGGACGAAAGCGUGAGCGUUUCAUCACCGGCGGGAGCGCUGGAAGAGGCCAUGGACUUGACUGUGGAGUUGUGUGGGGAUGACCCUGCAUUGGCGGACAACGGGGGAUGCUGCAGGAGUCCAAUUCACCCGGCCGUUCCAGAACCGGUCGCUGAAAGAAGACUCCAAGAGAGUGGUAUUCCAUGCCGGAAGGGUGGCAUUGGGGAGGAGUCCGGAGCACCCCAAAAUCUGGGGAUCUUCUGGUCGAGCGGAAUGGCCGUUCCCAGGAGCCCACUUGCGCAGAGUGCACUGCCCGGCAGGGUCGAGAAGGAAGGCUCCGUCCACCAUGGAGGAGGCUCCGCCCCCUGCGUAGAAAACACUGCCCUCCUUAACCCUGUGUCCGGAGCAGUCUGUGGGGCAAACAUGCUAAGCAUGCCGGCCCCCGCCAGGAAACUGGCACCUCCCGAACCCGCUGGCCCGCGACCGAGCAACGUAAUCUGUCCAAGGGCCGUUCUGGCACGGAGCGUGGCCACCAGCUCCAGUAGUGUCGCCCAGGCAGAAAGCCUCUCCUCCCUCGUCAUUCCCGCUGACCAGACGAAGAGCCCCGCCUUCCUCGGAUCGGGUGUGGUACCCCGACUGGAGAGCUCCUCAUGCCACCGAGAUAACGCCGUCCAUCAUCCCGAGGGCUCCGAGUCCGUCUUCCGGAGCUCCGACUUGCGUACGCACGGCUCGCUGCCCUGCCGAGAAAGCCCCACCCGCCAUGCACCGGGCCCCACUCUGUCCCACGGGAGCACCCUCCACUGGGAGGGGAGGAACCUGCUUGCUUCUUCCGGGGGAAAAGCCUAUGACCCCCAAGCGCGGGUCCGCCCGCUCACCGACCCAGCCAAAAGUGGUGCCCUGGAAGCUGCGCUUCGUAAGGGGCACAGCCCUCCCAGGUACCCUCUGCUGCCCCAGCCAGCGGGCAACUCCAGCGUGGGGCAACCCAUUGGCGUGGCCGCAGAGCGGGGCACCACCAUCCGGACCAGUCCUCACGUCUCGAGCCCCAAAGACCUCCAGUCGUCGGGGAAAACUGGCUCGCCAAGGCACGGCGGGUGCAAAGACGGGUGCAGAGUCACCCAGGUGCCCUCCCCCGCCAGCCAGAGGCAGACUGAACGUGUCGUCGUCAAGAUGGCUUCCUCGGAAGAGCGCUACACGAACCUCCCCAGAGUCAGAGUGCAGCCAAGGCAGCAGCAUCCGGCCAGGAUGAGACCCACGCCGCCUAGCAACCCCGGGCAGGAGGAACGCGUCGCGCACCAAGCCAGCUCGUCAGCGGCCUCCAAGCCACUCUCACCGUCCGAGAGCGUCGCGUCGUGUCCGGACCUGAGCCCCUCGUGUCCGACAGGAGCCGGACUGGGGUGGCAGGAUCCCCGAAUGUCCCUCUGGGCCCUGCACCAGCUGUUCAUGGCGCACAACGUGAGCCAGAGCUGGACAGCCAGGGCUCUCGGUGGCCCGCCCUCUUCCGCGGCUCCUCCCAACGGUGGCAUCUCCGGGGUGUCUGCGUUGCCUGGGCACGACUCCGGCAAUCCACUCGAGACUUGGCAUUUGCAGAACUUGUGGUACCGUGGGAGCCUUGCGCAUCAUCUCCAGACGGGACGGGCCACUGGGCCGGUCGACUCCGUUGUCUCCCAGACGGGCCCGUGCGAUGUGGCGCGGCGGCGCACGGCGGAUCACGACCAGUCGCUCGCUCGCCAGACGCAGCAGACUGUGGCGAGGAGCAGCAUGUGGAAUGUUCCUUCUGGUAUGCGGGAAGACUAUGGUAGAAUCUGACUUUGUGAAGCGGGAUUCUAUUUUGUGUUCUUGGUUGUGCAACGCGACUUAUGAUGCACAUUGCAUCCGGUUGUUCUCUUUUCUGGCCAUCUGAUCUUCAAGUUCCUAUAGCUAUACCCAAGCUGCGGACGACACAUCCUAGGACCAUGCUUUCUGUUAACUGCUCUUCUGCUUGGUUGUCCCUUCCGCAAUGCAUCUGCUGUGGCACUGUACAACUUGUGGGCACUAGGCUCUUCUUUUAGCCUCGCUGAUCUUGUAAAAGUUACUAUUGAGAAAUUAAGAUUUUUAAAUCUUCUUUGUUUCUUUGAAUGUUGCAAUACACAUGCCACUUUGAAUGUUGCAGAAUGUGAAUCGUAGCAAGUGUGCAAUACAUUUAAUCCGGAUCCGUGCCUUGUGAUAAGUCAUCUCACCAAAGCUUACGUCAAUUUUUAUUAAGAGCAUCACAUCUUCCUAAUUACUGCCAUCUGUAUCUUUUAUGAACUGCCGAGAGGAAGCAGGUGUAGCCCGUGUUUCAUUUCAUCUCGUCUGACUUUUGAUGAAUCAUACAAUUGGAGUGCAAAGGAUGCACUAACAUUUUUUUACCUAUUUUAGAUGUGUGUGUGUUGUCCUGUUUUGUCUAAUCUUCAGUCAUCCUUUUAACUAUGCAAUAUUUGUUUUUCUUUGUUGAGUGACAUUUUUGCAGCUACAGUUUCCACAAUGCAGUUAAAUUUUCUUUUCCUUUUCAGAUUUUGUUUGUAGGCAUGAAGUACAUAUUACCCUGGGUGUUGCAUAAUGUAAAUUGCGGGAAAUAUGAAAUAUGUUUCAUCCAUAUCUAUAUGCCACCUGUGUGGUGUUGACCAAAGUUUGUGCUAAUUUUUGUUGAGAUUAUUGCAGUUCUUAGCUUCCUAUCUGGGCUAUGUGGAUUGUUUGUUUAGAGAAAACAUGUUACAUAUGCGUGAGCUUGUUGUACCCCCAUUUCGGGGGAUCGUAUAGUCUAGUGUUAUUUUUAUGUAUUUAAAUCUCUUGCAGUGUCUAAGGUUUUGUUUGUUUUCUAUAAUUGUGGUACUUUUCCAGGCGAAAAAUUUCAACAAUGUGCAAUAAAUAAUUUCCUAAAUCCU